AUGCACUAUUUAGUGGUGCCUCGCUACGAAUGGGGUGAUCAAGAGGAUUGGCACCACAGCAGUGAGUCCGUCAAUCAGUCAGGCAGCCAGUCAGUGCUUUCUAUGGAAGUUAUGACGAUUCGUCUUGGAGAACUAGGACAGCAGGAAUUCAUUCAGCAUUGGCCCAUAUUACAAGAUAAGGAUGAGAACGUAAAGCCAACGGUUCCAGGAGCAGGACUGCCAGCACCAGAGCCGCCUAGUGACACUGACGAGGAGAAUCCAGAUGAACCUGGUGAGGAGAAGCCUGGUGACACUGAUGAGGGGAAUCCAGACGAACCUGGUGACACCGAUGAAGAGAAUCCAGAAAAGCCAGGUGAAGAGAAGCCUGGUGACACUGAUGAAGAGAAUCCA